GGCAAAAUGUACUGGUCUGGUGGAGAUUCAGAGCCUCCUGACACAUGUCAGCUGCCAGCAAUGGCUGGGUCUUCAUCAGCUGCAGGAACCACUCCACAAGUGCAACAAGAACUGCAUCAGCUACAGGAACAGUUGGCUGCUCAACAGCAACUAUUGGGAAAUUUGAAGAACAAGAUGCCUCAAGCUUCCUCCCAGGAUAUCACAACUCGCCUGGCUGCCAUGCGGAGUCGUUUGAACCGACCGCCACCCAAGCAUAACAAGAAAACUGACGCCAAACUUCCCUCUGACAUUGUUGACUGUCAGAUGUUACACACCGAAUCUAUGAGCGUUGACUCUUCUACUCAGCCUUUUGAAGUGGUCCUCAAGGAGAGUGAGCGAGGAAUGCUGUCAGAGAGCAGCAAGAUGGGAGGGAGUUUGGCUGACGUGAGUGUCAUGUCAGGUCAUGUCAGGGCUCUAGACGCGAGCUCUCAGAAUGCUGCAUGCGACCCUUCCAUUGAAGGCAUUCCGAAAAAAGCCAGAACCUCGUCGUUCUCUGAAGGAUCAUCUCAAUCGAAAAUUCAGCUCCUAAGAAAACAGUUGGAUGAAAAAAGAACUAAGUACGAACGACAACAACGUGAUAACAAAGAAAAGAAAGCAAGUAUGGACGAAAUGAAGAAGAAAAUGGAGAAACUUAGAUGUGAAUUGGAACAGAGAAACGAUUUCAUUCAAAAUUUGGAGAAAGGUAUCAUUCCCCUGCACUCUCAGCCCACCACCCAACAGCUCUGUCAGCAGCUGCUACAGAAAGACGCCAUAGUUUUAGGGCUGACAGCGCGUGUUGCAGAGCUAGAGAGUCAGUGUCAGGAUCAGGCUGACCAGCUUGGUGAACGAGACAGCUUAAUUGAAGCACGCACUGAAGCAGUAACUCUCAUCACCAAGGACCGUGACGAGAAGAUUAUGAAGAUGAUGGAGGAUCUGGAGGAGCGAGAGAACUGCAUGCGUGACUUGCAACACCGCCUCACUGCGCAAGAGGAGAAGUGGAAAUCUGAGCGAGAUAACCUGACCAGAACAUUGGCUGAGAGAAGCAGUCGACUGGCGCAAGUUGAGGAGACCCAAAGGAGAACAGAAAGCAUCAGGUUCGAAUUGGCUGCACGGAAUGCAGAGUUACAGGAGAAGAUAGUGAGCUUGCAAAGCAACCUAACCGAGGUGACAGCCAGUAUGGAGGAGGAAAAAACGAAAAAUCAGCUGAGCCAGAAUUCUAUUCAGGACCUCAAACAAAAGUUGUGCAAGGCUGAAGCCCACGGCAAAAGUAAACUAAAGAGCUUAGAAAAGCAAGUUAAGGCCAUUAAAACUGGUGAAGGACAACCAUCCGGGCAAAACAUACUAGAUCUCCAUAACCAGAUUGCUGAGCUGGAAGAGGAGAAAGGUAAUCUUCAGCUCCGUCUUGUCGACUUCGAUGAUUUAAAGAGUGCCAACAGUACCCUUGAAGAAAGCGCAACUGCUUUAAGAAAGAAAUUGGACGAAUUAACCAAAGAAUUAGAUGAUAAAUCUGUAUUCAUUUCCACGUUGGAGAAUGAAAAAAUUAAGCUUGUAGAACUAUUGAACGACCGAGAAAAGAAAAUGGUUGAUCUGGAAAUAAAUUCAUCUCAUCUACAAGUAGAAGUUCAUGAGAUCUCAAAAAUCAAGUUGGAAUUGGAAGGUAAAGUGAAAGAGUUGAACGAUAAGAAUGAAUUGAUCAGUGGUGAGCUCGCUGAAUUGCAAAACGAAUUUAAACUACAGAUUGAAGCUAAAGAAAAUACUUCAAGUGACAACGAUAAAGAAGAACUUGAAAAAAAUCUUCGUGAAUUGACCAAAGAACUUGAGUCUGCAAGAAAACUCUACGAAAUUCGUGAGAAGGAAGUUGAAACUCUCAAGGAGAAGGCCAAGUCAUGUGAACUUUCGGAACAAGAAACACUGGAGGCGAAUCAGAGGCUGCUUGGUAUCUUAACAGACAAAGAGAAUAGUCUUGCUAGUUACGCCAUUGAGAUGGACUCGUGGAGCGAUACUAAAGCGCAGCUAGAGAACGAGAUACGGGAACUGCACGAGCGAUGCCAACGAAUGGAGCUGGAGGCCGAGAGUGAAAAAGCCACUCAAGUGGACGAAAUGAGGAGGCUGCAUAAACUUCUUGCUGACAAGGAUUCAGAGCUCGAGAGUCUCUUGGAUGAGCACAAGAUAGAGAUUCAGAAACUGCUUGAUAGCGUAAGGCAGACAGAAAGUCUACAGGACAAGCUCUCUGAAAUGGAGGAGCUAUUUGACCGUACAGGGGAUGAACUAGCCAGCUUCAAGAAACGGAACUCAAGACUCGAAAAAGCUAUUGCUGAUAAUGAAAAGGUUAUUUCAAGCUUAAAAACAGAGUUGAAAAACUUGCAGGAAGCUCUUGAUGAUAACAAGGAAAGGAUAUGGAAUUAUGAACAGUUAGUCAAGGAAUUGAAAUCCGAUGCUCGGAAGACGGAGCAAAAUGCUGCGAAGUUAGCUGAGCUUAAGAAAGAAACUGAAAAAUGUCUCGAGAACAAGAGCAGAGAACUGGAAAAGUUGCAAAAGGAUCUAAAUAAUUCCCAGAAGAUGCUUGAAGAUGCUCAGGCAAACUUGAUUGACAGAACUGAAGAAGUGACUUCUUUGUCUUUGGAGCGGGAAUCUCUUCUUGAGCAGGUGCGGGAACAGCAGAGUCUUGCUGACAACAAGCAGCAGCAAAUAGCUUCUCUGGCUGCUGAAAUUGCAUCCAGAAGCAGCGGUGUUUUGGAGCAAGAUUCUGUAGUGCAAAUGUCCACAGCCGAUGCUGACUUUAUCAAAAAGUGUUAUGAGGAAAUGGAAGCCAAGCUAACCUUGAAAAAUAAGCUCCUUACAGACGUCCAAAAUCAGCUGGACGCCUGUAUUUUUGAUGUUAAGCAGUGCCAAGCAGAGCUGCUGGAGCGUGAAGUCACUAUCCAAGACCUGACCACAAGACUUGCUCAGAAUGAAGAUCGUGAAAAUCAACAACGCGUUGGUAUUCAAGAUUUGCAAUCCAACUUUGUUACAGAGCAGAAGGCAAACGAAGAACUUCAGAGUAAUCUCCUACAGGAGCUAAAACUUCGAGAAGAAUUACAAAGGUCACUAACUAUUGAACAGACGACUCGAAGUGAGUUGUACGAUACUCUUGAGCAGGAAAAGGAAUUACGUGCUGAAUUGCAGAAUAGUUUAGAGUCUUAUCAGCUGGCGCAAGAGAGUGUCCAGCGCCAGUGUGACUUCAUGAACAGCGAACUAGCCCGCAGCUCAGAACUAACUAGCUCACUAUCAGCGCAAGUUACUGAGCGGGAUCAGCAGCUGACUGAGUUACAACAAGAAUUGAAUUCCAUACAACAGGUGUUAAAUGAACGCGAGCAACAGCUGGCUGAGGUGCAACGUAACUUGACUGAUAGCAACUCGCAGCUUGCUGAGCUGCAGCUAAAGCUUGCGGCACGCGAGAAGCAGGCAGAAGAGAUGCAGCAGAAGCUAGACGCAGCGACGUCUCAACUGGAAAAGUCUACGAUGCAGUGCGCUGAGGUGAGUGCAUAUCAAGAGCAAGCGGCUGCCAACGCCACGGCUAACGAACAACAGCUCCAGUGGAACCAGGAUCAGGUCAUGCAAAUGCAGCUCGACCAUGAAAGCAAACAAAAGCUAAUUGAGGAGAUGCAGUCCCGCAUUGAAGAGCUCGUAGCUCAGGCAGAGCACAAAGAUGCACAGACCAAAGAAUUUCUGAGUGAGUUGAAUGAGCGCCAGCAGAGAAUAAGCUGCCUUGAAAGCGAGUUAAUGGCGAUUAAAAGUGAGUACGAUGUUCUGAUGGAACAAUACCAGUCGGCCAGUUCCUAUUAUUCUUCACUGCAAGCAGAAUACGAAAACUUGAAUCAGAGUUCGUUGAGCGUUUCAUCUGAACUUCAACUGAAAACUACAGCACUGCAAGAGGUUUCCGAUAAAAAUGUUUAUCUGGAAGCAAAUUUAGACGAAUUGCGAAGAUCAACGGCUGAACGCGAGUCUUCUCUUCAGAAUUAUAUUGAAGAAUUGAAGGAUAAAAAUUCUUGUCUUGAAUCGCAGCUUGCAACUGUGACCGACUCGAAUGUUGUUAACUUUGGAGUAAAUGAAAAUCGGACUGAGAUCGAAGCUAGUCAGCGAAGAAUUAGAGAAUUGGAAGAGCAGCUAAAUGAAGCAGUCGUUGCGAGAGAUUCGGCGCGCAGUGAACUUGCAACAAGAACUAAUGCCGUUUCAGUUGGAGGGGAGCGACAUCUGGAAGAACGAUGCCGGAUGCUAGAAGCUCAACUGGAAGACGCUGCCCUCAAAAUCGCACAGCUGGAGACGAGUUUGGGCACAGCGAGCGGCGGCGCGGUGGAGCGACAAAACAGCCUCGCCUCUGAGGAACUCGGCGAAGUGGAUCUCGGCGGCGACGGUGGCCGCGCCUCGCCCGAGCUGCGAGGUCUGCAGCAAGCCUUGCUGGAGAAGACGGCUCUGGUGGAGCAGAUGCAGGAGCAACUCACUUCCCUCAAACAUUCAGCGCACUCACAGCAAGAGGAAAUGGCGUGGCUCAAUCAAAAGAUACAAGGCUUACAGGAGACCAACAAGAAACUUGAGGACCGCAGACAAGAGUUACAGCAACAGCUGCUACAGGAAGCCGAGCAGAACUCCACGCUUUGCGAGAAAAUCACAUCGCUCGAGCAAACGUUAGUAGAUGUUAGAGAAGAGUUAAGUGCUUCCCAGAGCUCGAGUUCUGAUCUCAUAGCUACUCUCAAUCAACAACUAGAAGAACGCAAUGCGCUAGCUUCAAGCCUCACGUCCGAGCUAGAGGCGGAGAGAGCGCAACGCCUGCACCUUGAGAAUAUUUCUAUUGAUAAAAAGCCUUCCAGUGACAAGCAAGUAGAUGAAGUCAUCGCGAGCUCUGAGGCAGUACAGACCUAUGGUACUGCCAGUAUGUUGUUCUCUGUAGCCACUACUGCUGAAGCUUCCGCCGCUUCUUGGUUCUCUGAUCACUCAGCCGAGCAGAGAAGCGCCGUCGAUCUCAUGCCAGCGCCCUUGCUGGAAGAGCAAACACUACAACCACCAGCCACCACCGCAACUCUUGUGGCUGACGAUGCCGUUGGCGCGGCACAAGAAGCCGACGUUAACAUCGCCGAGAUGCAGUACAAGCUUGCCUGGUACGAGGAGCAGUGGGGUCCUUUCACCACUCUGUAUAACGAGUUACUUCAGCAACACGAAGAGGCCAAAACCAAGAUAUCCCAACUCACUGCUCUCAUCGAUGCUACGUCUGAAACUGGAGUAAUUCACUGUGAGUCAUCGGUGGAAGGUGAAGCACAUGCAAGAACCGACGUCCCAUUAGGCGCUUCUGUGGCCGGUGGAUCGAGUGAUGAGCAGAUGAGUUUAUCAAGCGAGCCAUACGCGGCUCUCUUAGCUCAAUAUCAAGAGUCUUGUCGACGUGUAGAAUUGCUAGAGCAACAACUGCAUGAACAAAAACAACAACUGCAGCAGACUCUUCCUGUCGGGAAUGCCGUUGUCGCGGCUGAUGUUGCGGCUGCGACACAAUCAAUACACGCUACAAGUACACAAUCUGCUGCCUCAUUCUUCACCAAGUCAGGCCAGGUAUCGUCAUCAGGAGGUGCAAAUUUCUUCGAUGCUGCCCCUGCUAAGUUAGAUCUGCAAGCAACGUCCCCGAGCCUCGAGGAACGUUUUCUUGCAGCGACACGUGACAAUGAACGCCUGCUGGGGGAGGUGACUGAGGCCAAGAAAAUAUUACUGGAGACGACGGAGCAGCUCCAUGCGGAGCAGAUCAGCUUGCAGCGAGUGCAGGCUGAGCUGCAGCUCAUUCAGCAGGGCGGCAGCGGGAGGAUGACGGAGUUGGAGCAGAUGGUGGGCAGCGCUGAGGCAGAGAUCGCCAAGCUGCGGGGGCAGCUCAAUACUUCACAAGAAGAGCUCAACAGGCUGCAGUCACUCGUGCUGGAGCUGGAGGAGUCCCAGGAGGCCAGAGACAGCAAAGCUGCGGGCCAGCUUGGCAGCCUCGAGGAGUCGCUUGGGCUGCUGCGUCGCGAGAACAGCACCCUCAGGAGUGAGCUCGAGGUGAUGGAGGGUGAGAACUCGCGUCGCUCCACCGACAUAGAAAUUCUCGAGUCCGAAAACACGAGGCUCAGGACAGAUCUCGAGACCUCGAGCCAGGCAGCUCAGAUGCUCGAAGCCGAGAAGGAAAGUCUUGUAGUGGAGAUCCAACGGCUUGAAACUGGGAUGAAGAGAUUGAGAGAACAGGUGGCGCAGGGUGAUGAAGCUCUCACGCAGUCGUCGGACCAAAUUCGAGCCUUGCAUGAACAGCUCUUGGCUACACAAGAACAACUGAUGCAUCAGCAACAACUCUCGGCACAACAACAUGAGCAGCUUACGGCUGCAGAACUGAAGCUUCAAGAACAAUUGGUAGAGCUGCAACAGCAGCAACUGUCUACUCAGUUGGCAGAAGCAGCUGCUCAACAAUGUCUGCAGGCACAGGAGGCAAAAUCAACUGCAGGCCCCGCAAUCGAGGCUCACGAGCUUCAUGAAGAAGAGUUAGACUGGGGAUCAGAAGGCUGCAAAGACGUCGAGCAUCUGCAGCGAUCGUCUUCGCAAGAUGCUUCCCUCAGGGAGGAAGUGCGCACUCUUAAAGAACAGCUCAUUGCUGCUGAGAAGGAAAGGAAUGGUCUAUCAGACGACUUACAAGCCGCGAAAAUUAAAUCGGGCAAGCUUCUUCAGAAAGUCAAAGGGCUUCAGAGCGCUAACGAAGCGCUGCAAAAGGAUGUCAGCAAGUUGAAGUCGAAGGGCGGCUUGUCUGAUUUAGACCAGGCUCUGGAAGAAGAGUUCAAGCAUCAAGUAGCACAGGCUCAAGCCGAGCGAGACGAGUUAAAGCAAAAGUUGGAAGAAUUCGUCAAAGAAAAAGAUCAGCUCACGAGACAAAACGAGGUUCUGAAAGACGCGCACGACCGACUAAUAGAGAUCAAAGAAGAUCAAGAAGCUCAAAUAAGAGUAUUUAGCAUUCGUAAUCAAGACCUGGAGGCCAAUGUGGGCUCCUUGGAGUGGAGAAUCAGCGAGUUGGAGGAAACCGUGGAAGAGGAGCGGAGACGACCUCGCGCGACCAGUGAAGCAACAAUGAAGGAAGGAGACGAGCAACCCUCCUCAGAAGACACGAAGCAUCUCAAGGACCGAAUCAUUGCCCUCGAGUCUCAACUGGAUGAACUUAGUUCAAACUACAUGAAAAUAGAGUCCCUUAAUAAAGACCUCAAUGGAAGGCUCGGUGAACUCGAAGCUGAGAACGCACGUUUGUUGAGCAUAAAAGAGAGUUUGGAUGCUGAGCUCAAACUCUCCCAGCAAACUAAUAUCAAAGCUAAUGAAGAUGUUGGCGUCUACAAGGAAGCUUUCAUCGAACAACAAGGACAGUUUGAGAAACUCACUGAGGAAAAGAACUCAUUGAGCAAUGACCUGGGUGCAACUGAUUACCAGUUGCGGACUAUGAAGAGCGCCUACAAUGCGCUCUUUGAGGAGCAUGAAGAGAUGAAAGCUGACAACGCAGCCAUGAAACACGACUUCCUGACGCUGGAAGGUGAGCGCGACCGCUUGCUUGAGGACGUGGCGGGCCUCACCGCUGAGCUGGAGGCGUACAGGCAGGAGACCAUCGAGGGCACCGUCAGGGGGCUCGAGGACGAGCUCGCCGCCCUCAGGGAGACCUGCAACGCCCUUAAGGAGGAGGCCACUGAGCACGGCGCUCAGCAGGCCGCAAUGCAGGACGAGGUCUUGAGACUCACUCGUGACCUACGCUUCAGCCACAGCCUGCUGGAUGACCUGCAGACUCGCCUGCAGCAGAAGGAGCAGAACGAACGAAUAAGCAACUCUGCUGUGGAGAUGCUGGCGAGAAGAGAGCGCUACACCGAGGCCGAGUCUGCCGCCUUAGCUAAGCAAAAUGAAACGCUUACUGAGGAACUGGCGCGACGCAGGCGCGAGAUGGACAACCUGGAGGAGCAAGUGCGUCACUGGCAGCAGCAGACGCAACACCUCAGCAGACAGGUGGAGUCAGCUGACGCUUCGUUGUCCCGCCUGAGCGAGGCAGCAGUGUCGCCUGCGGAGAGCAGCGCUGAGCUGGAGGCGGCGCUCGCCUCGCUGCACCUCAGGGACCUGCGCUGCCAUCAGCUCAUCAUUGAGAUCAAUAAAUUGGUGGAGGAGCGCGACUCGCUGCAGCUCCGUCUGAGCGCCGCCCUUCGUAGCAACCAGGACUUGGUGAGGCGCUGCCAGGGCGCCGCUGCCGACGCUGGCGAGGCGCCACUCGCGUCCCCUGCUGGCGACGACAUCUCGCCGCCCCUCAAGACAAAGUUGGACGAGCUUCGCGAGCUGAACGACGUGGUGGAACAGAAGACGAUGGCGAGUGUGCCGCCUCACCCCACCAUCGUCACCCCCGAGUACACCCUGACGAGGGAGACGCAAGCCACGUCCUCCACCCUCAUAAACUGGAUCAUGGGGCGCACUACGCCCAGGGUGAUGCACGUCUGACGUGGCGCUCUGCCUAGUGAUGCAUGUCUGACGCGGUGCUGACAACUCGUGCGAUGGUUUAUAGUUCAGCAGUUGCUGAAACUAUCUAGUUGCAUAGAAUUUCUGGAUGCAUUCGUCGUAUCGCCAUUUUUUUGUUCUAUUUGUGUAAUAAUAUCGAUAACCAUCAGUUGUUGACCCAAUAUAUGAGAAUCUAUUUAUUAUUUUAUAUACUUUUAGCUUGUACAAACACGGCUGUUGACAUUGCUUGGGUAAAAUAAGGAUUGCGCAUCAACUUGUGCGGGAGCUUCUGUUUUGGGUCGCGACGAGCUUGUGCCUUCGGCUUCUGUUUUGUGUCCCGACGAGCAAUCCUGACGCCAUAAUCACGUCGGCUUACUCGCUAGCACUGGCUUUCGGCACGGAACAUACGUGUUAGGCAUUUAAAAACGGAGGAAAAUUUGUUGACAGAAAACUUUGCCUUCCUAUGCGCAAGGUCACGACAUCUGAUACGUCUAGACUCUAGAGAGCUAUGCACCAGUUUCCAACAUAUACUUGUAUUUACUUAAAGAGCAUCGCUUGAUGAUUAGCCCAAGUAAUGAUGACUAAUAAGGCUGUAGUUCAAUUUUAUAAGGGGCGUUGUUGGUAAAAGUGAGUUCAGGUAGUAAUUUGAUUGAUGUAAAUAAAAUAAACUUUAUAUCGUU